UGCAUCCCAUUCGUCAGACGCCGGGUCCUCUCCACCUCAGCGUCCAGCCCUACAAAAACCCCAGGGCUCCUCCAGAGCCCAGCCCCCCUUCGUCUUGCUGAAUUUGAUGCACGGCCAGAGGAAGGAGAGCUUAAGAUGAAGAUCACGGCGGCGAUGGCGAAAAUGAAGGUGAAUUCACUCCAGGCAUUGCUGCUCCUGUCGCUGCUCCUGCUCAAUCUCUUCGAAUCUGAAUCCGCAGUCGCCAGUAUAGAUCUCGGCUCCGAAUCGUUCAAGGUCGCGGUAGUCAACCUUAAACCUGGCCAGCCUCCGAUCUCGAUCGCCAUUAACGAGAUGUCCAAGCGUAAAACCCCCACCCUUAUCAGUUUCCACGCAGAUUCUCGGUUGAUCGGCGAGGAAUCGCUCAACCUCCUGGCUCGUUAUCCCAACAAGGUGUAUUCUCAUCUUCCGUCUCUCCUCGGGAAAUCCUAUAGUUUUACGAGAGAUUUUCUCCGAAGGCUUUAUCUGAAUUACGAGGCUGUACCCGAUGAUACGCGAGAUGUGGCGGUUUUUAAAGCCGAGGCAGGGGAGUUCGGCAAUUUCACGGCGGAGGAACUAGUGGCGAUGAUACUCAAGUAUGCUGCAGGGCUGGCGGAUACUCAUACAAAGACGUCGGUGAAGGACGUGGUGAUCACAGUGCCGCCUUUUACAGGUGUGGCGGAGAGAAGGGCAAUGCUGGUCGCCGCGGAUUUGGCAGGGCUGAAUGUGCUGGCAUUGGUGAAUGAGCAUUCUGGGGCUGCUUUGCAGUAUGGAAUCGAUAAGGAUUUCUCAAAUGGAUCAAGGCAUGUGGUGUUUUAUGACAUGGGGGCGAGCAGUACUUACGCUGCCUUGGUAUAUUUUUCAGCAUACAAUGCUAAGGAAUUCGGGAAGACCAUUUCCGUCAAUCAAUUUCAGGUAAAGGAAGUAAAGUGGGAUUCAGAACUUGGUGGUCAGAAUAUGGAAUUGAGACUGGUGGAGCAUUUUGCUGAUGAGUUCAACAAGCAACUUGGAAAUGAGGCUGACAUUAGGAAUUCUCCCAAGGCAAUGGCUAAACUGAAGAAACAAGUAAAGCGUACGAAAGAAAUCUUGAGUGCCAAUACCAUGGCUCCGAUCUCAGUAGAGUCCCUUUACGAUGAUAUUGACUUCAGGAGUACAAUAACUCGAGAAAAGUUUGAAGAGCUUUGUGGAGACCUGUGGGACAGAGCCCUUGUUCCUCUUAAAGAGGUUCUCAAGGACUCUGGAUUGAAUGUUGAUGAUCUAUAUGCUGUGGAGUUGAUUGGCGGUGCUACUCGUGUCCCGAAGUUGCAGGCUAAACUUCAAGAAUUUCUUGGGAGGAAGGAGUUGGACAAACAUCUAGAUGCAGAUGAGGCGAUUGUUUUAGGCGCCUCAUUACAUGCUGCAAAUUUAAGUGAUGGAAUCAAAUUGAAUCGUAAACUUGGAAUGGUUGAUGGUUCUACUUAUGGAUUUGUGUUUGAGCUGAAUGGUGAUGGCCUUUCAAAAGAUGAAAACCCCAGACAGCUGAUUGUACCAAGAAUGAAAAAGCUACCUAGCAAGAUGUUCAGAUCUGUUGUUCACAACCAAGAUUUUGAAGUCACACUUGCUUAUGAGAGUGAAGAACUGAUUCCACAGGGUGCAUCUCCCAUAUUUGCACAAUAUGAUGUCUUAGGACUUAAAGAUGCUAGUGAAAGGUACUCAACAAGGAACCUUUCCUCCCCGAUCAAAGCCAACUUACACUUCUCUCUCAGUAGAAGCGGUGUAUUUUCCUUAGAUCGAGCAGAAGCUGUUGUUGAAAUAACCGAGUGGGUUGAAGUCCCACGAAAGAAUCUCACAGUGGACAACUCAACAUCCACUGCUUCCAACAAUACCGAUAGUAAUUCUGGGAACUCCGCGGAGGAGAGCAGUGAUAAAGUGGGGACUAAUAAUGACAAUACCAACUCAUCAGAUUCCAGUGUUAAUGGUUCUGACAGUCUCGAUUUCGGUACUGAAAAGAAGUUGAAAAAGCGGACCUUCCGAGUUCCCCUUAAGGUUAGUGAAAAGACAAAAGGACCUGGAAUGCCUCUUUCAAAAGAAUCUCUCUCUGAGGCUAAACGCAAAUUAGAAGUAUUGAACAAAAAGGAUGCUGAAAGGAAGAGAACUGCUGAAUUGAAAAAUGACCUAGAAGGAUAUAUAUAUUCUACUAAAGACAAGCUUGGAUCUGAGGAGUUUGAAAAAGUAUCCACUGACCAAGAGCGGCAAUCUUUUCUUGAAAAGCUUAAUGAGGUGGAAGAUUGGUUGUAUACUGAUGGUGAAGAUGCUUCUGCCACUGAAUUUCAAGGACGUCUAGACAUGUUGAAAGCCUUGGGGAAUCCCAUAUCUUUUAGAUAUGAUGAACUUACUGCUCGGCCUGCUGCAUCUGAACAUGCGAAGAGAUACCUAGCAGAGUUACAACAGAUUGUUCAAGGAUGGGAGAAAGACAAACCUUGGCUGCCAAGGGAGAGAAUAGAUGAGGUGGUACAAGAAGGUGAAAAGUUGAGGAAUUGGCUGGGUGAAAAAGAGGCAGAGCAGAAGAAGACUUCUGGUUAUAGCAAACCUGCAUUUACAUCUGAUGAAGUAUACGGGAAGAUUCUCGAUCUCCAGGAAAAGGUUACAAAAGUUAACAAAAUUCCGAAGCCAAAGCCGAAAAUUGAGAAACCAAUCAAGGUAGAGAUUGAGAGCGAUAGUGACAAAUCAAGUGCCACUGAUUCCCCAUCCGGUGAUGAGCCACCAACAUCUUCUACCACAGAGGACCACACCAAGUCUGAUCAGGCUGAAACUGAAUCAGGCUCCCAGCCCCACGACGAGUUGUGAUCAACAUACAGUGAUGUGCCAUGACAAACUACAAGACACUGCCAUGGAUAGAGGUAGUAAGUGAUGAAUAUGAUGAUGGUUAGAGAGAGAGGGAGAGAGAGAGAGAGAGAGAGAGACAACAGGCAUAGAGUCGAGCCCGGUUAUUUUAUGACAGGCUUUUCCAUGGAAUUCUUUGCAAUAUCAUGCUUCUGCUAUUUAACUACGUCCUUUGUAUUUUGUAGUAGUAUUAAGAACAAACAGCGUGGGUAUCAUACCACACAUUUUGGCAGAGGGAGAGAGAGCAAUGCAAUGCUCGGUACAUUGUUUAGUUGUUAAUAUAGAGGACUAGUGUUCUUGCCAUAGUAUUUUGUUUCAUUCAAGGGAAAUAUUCAAAUCAAUAA